UCCUUCUGACCCCAGCAGUUCCCGUUGAGUCCACCGAUCCCACUGGAAUUCGAGAGUUGUCUGCAAGAAAGCCCAGGGGCUGAAGUCCAAGUCCGUUGGGAACAUGCCAGCUAACGAGGACACUCCCCAGCCAGGGGAACAUGGCAGUGCCUGUGAGGUAUCAGUGUCAUUUGAGGAUGUGACUGUGGACUUCAGUAGAGAAGAGUGGCAGCAACUGGACUCUACUCAAAGACGCCUGUACCAGGAUGUAAUGUUGGAGAACUACAGCCACCUGCUGUCAGUGGGGUUCGAAGUUCCCAAACCAGAGGUCAUCUUCAAGUUGGAGCAAGGAGAGGGGCCAUGGACAUUGGAAGGGGAAACUCCACAUCACAGCUGUUCAGAUGGGAAAUUUGGAAUUAAGCCUUCCCAGAAAAGAAUUUCUGGAAAAUCUACAUUUCAUAGUGAAACGCAGGGUGAAGAUACACGAGAUGAUUCAUUGUAUUCUAUUUUAGAAGAAUUGUGGCAAGAUGCUGAACAGAUAAAGAGAUGUCAGGAAAAACAAAACAAACUUCUGAGUCACACUACUUUCCUCAGUAAGAAAAUAUUGAAUACAGAGUGGGAUUAUGAAUAUAAAGACAUUGGAAAAUUUGUCCAUUCAAGCCCAAAUCUCAUUGUUUCACAGAAAAGACCCCAUAAACGUGAUUCAUUUGGGAAGAGUUUUAAGCAUAAUUUAGACUUACAUAUUCAUAAUAAAAGCAAUGCAGCAAAGAACCAGGAUAAAACUAUUGGGCAUGGUCAGGUUUUCACCCAGAGCUCUUCUUAUAAUCACCACGAAAGUACACAUGCAGGCGUGAAGUUCUGUGAACGUAAUCAAUGUGGAAAAGUCCUCAGCCUCAAACAUUCACUCAGUCAAAAUGUGAAAUUUCCCGUUGGAGAGAAAGCAAACACAUGUACUGAAUUUGGGAAGAUCUUCACCCAGAGGUCACACUUCUUUGCUCCUCAGAGAAUUCAUACUGUGGAAAAACCUCAUGAGCUUGGCAAAUGUGUAAAUGUUUUUACACAGAAGCCACUACUCAGUAUAUAUCUGAGAGUUCAUAGAGAUGAAAAACUCUACAUAUGUACUAAAUGUGGGAAGGCCUUCAUCCAGAAUUCAGAAUUAAUUGUGCAUGAGAAAACUCAUACUAGAGAGAAACCCUUUAAAUGCAAUGAAUGUGGGAAAUCAUUUUUCCAGGUAUCAUCUCUACUCAGGCAUCAGACAACUCAUACUGGAGAAAAACUCUUUGAAUGCAGUGAAUGUGGUAAAGGGUUCUCCCUGAACUCAGCCCUCAAUAUACAUCAGAAAAUUCAUACUGGAGAGAGACAUCACAAAUGCAGUGAGUGUGGGAAAGCCUUUACCCAAAAAUCAACACUCAGGAUGCAUCAGAGAAUCCAUACAGGAGAGAGGUCUUAUAUCUGUACUCAGUGUGGGCAGGCCUUCAUCCAGAAGGCACACUUGAUUGCACAUCAAAGAAUUCAUACUGGAGAGAAGCCGUAUGAAUGCAGUGACUGUGGGAAAUCUUUCCCUUCUAAGUCACAACUCCAGAUGCAUAAGCGAAUUCACACCGGUGAGAAACCCUAUAUAUGCACUGAAUGUGGGAAGGCUUUCACCAACAGGUCAAAUCUCAAUACUCAUCAGAAGUCUCAUACUGGAGAAAAGUCUUAUAUAUGUGCUGAAUGUGGGAAGGCUUUCACUGACAGGUCAAAUUUCAAUAAACACCAGACCAUUCAUACUGGAGAGAAACCCUAUGUUUGUGCUGAUUGUGGGAGGGCCUUCAUCCAGAAGUCGGAGUUGAUUACACAUCAGAGAAUUCAUACUACAGAGAAGCCUUAUAAAUGUCCUGACUGUGAGAAAUCCUUCUCCAAGAAACCACAUCUCAAAGUACAUCAACGAAUUCACACAGGGGAGAAACCAUAUAUAUGUGCAGAAUGUGGGAAAGCCUUCACUGAUAGGUCAAAUUUCAAUAAACAUCAAACAAUUCAUACUGGAGAUAAACCCUAUAAAUGCAGUGACUGUGGAAAGGGCUUCACCCAGAAAUCAGUUCUCAGUAUGCAUCGUAAUAUUCAUACAUGA